AUGAGGGGCACGAUCCGGCUCUUGCUAGAGGGGCCAUACUAUCGCGGAAUCAAAAGACUCAUCUUGAAAAGGCCGACGGAAAUUUGUGCUGCCAAGAUUUGUGCCAGUAAUUAUACUCCAGGAGAAGGAUUCGCACAUACCGUCAGCGCUUUCUGGGCUGCUCAAUUCGGCAAGGAAGACGUCAAGGCCGACCUCCUGCAUCACGCCCUCCUGCACCACAGCGACAACGAUUUACGCCCCAUUGUAGACUCGCCAACAGGAAAUGAUGCACAUUUCCACAAGAGCCUGCCGUGCCCUGUCGAUGAGGCGUCACUUGCGGCGCCGAAGCUCAACAAAGUGCCAUUCCCUGAAAUUGUGGUACCUAGGAGCCUUGCAUUCGAGGAUAAUGGCUUGGACUGUGUGCUUCGUGGACCUCCAAGUCCUAAGACAUUCACAGUAGAACUGAAGCAUUUCAAGCCUGGAAGGAAGUAUGUGCUGAACUCCAUCAGCGACGAGCGGGCGAAGACAACCAUAAUCGCAGAUCUUCAAAGCGAUGGCGAUGGUGUUGCUCAUGUACCUGAUCAGCGAUAG